AAGAGAAACACGGUCGUCUUAAGCAUUGCUUGCAAAGAGACUGAAACCAUUUCAUCAUGACUGAUCUUCACAGAUGGUUCUUUGCAUCCUGGUUAAUAUUUUACUUGUCAAUGUGUAAAUGUGACGUCUUAGUACAGCAUUUUGAAGGUGAAAGUGCAACUUUGCCAUGCAAGUAUGACAGUCAAUAUCAUGGAAAAUGUCACAUGUGCUGGAUGAAAGGAGAGAUUCCCAUUAUGGGAUGUGGUGAUGAAAUUAUCGCAAGUGAUGGUGAUAAAGUAGUAAGGAGAAAAUCAGACCGAUACCAGCUAACAGGAGACAUCCAGCACGGAGAUGUUUCUCUGGCGAUCAGUAACAUACAGAAAAAAGACUCUGGCAAAUACGGAUGUCGCAUACAUGUUCCUGGACUGUUUAAUGAUGAGACGUAUUACAUCAACUUGAUUGUUAAAGACGCACCUACUCCAACAACACAGGAAACGGCGUCCGUGCCCAGCAUCACCUCUGAGCGUCAAACAACAGCAUUCACCUCUGACAUGACAGAGGCACCCAUUUCAACCACACCAGAACCUGUGGCUGUAACCACUAUCCCAGGAUCUAUAACCACUAAAUCACAGAGCACUAACACAGCGACAGACAUUGACACAACAAAAGAGAGUUCUACAAUCUUUAGUUCUUCAGAAAGCAGCACUACUGGACUGUGGCCCUCUAACACAACACACGGUACAACAAAGCAGAUUUCAUUUUUAGCUGAUUUCUUAAUAUAUAACGUUAUUGACUAUCAUGAACAAUCCUUGGUGGUCAAAAAAGAGAGCGUGAACACAUCUGCGAUUAUUGUGCCUGUUCUCCUGUUAUUGUUGGCUGUAAUAGUAAUUGCUGUCCUUCUGACAUGGAAGCAAAAAAGGAAAAGCAGAGCGGUGGCAGAAAUUGCUCAGAACUCAGAGAACUCAGUCAUCUACAAUAACUCAGGCAGCAGUAUUGGCCUGUACAGCAGAGAGAUGGCCGUGGACAAUAUCUAUCAGAUAGAGCCUGAAACGGAAUAUGAACAGUGGCAUUAAUAUCUUACAUUGACUUCUGGUGGUUUUAUGUUGAUCAGUGGACUGGACUCCACUUCAUUUUAUUGUUUUUCAGUUUGUGACAGCUAUAUUGUGAAAUCACGGACUAAACUAGACUAACCAUUAGUCUUCCAAAAAAAAUGUUUUGUAUGCCAUACGCUCUUUCGUAGAGUGGCUAACAUAUUGCAACACUAUUUUGUUAUUAAAAUGUAUCUGUAUGUUUGUUCAAUUUUUUUGAAUAAUUUACUGUACUUCAGUUUGUAGAAUAAAGCUUUAGUCAUCGCACAUUUUACAUAACCAGGUUAUAAGAGUUUAUGUUAAACUAGAUCAAGGAGGGUCAUUGUUAAAACUUAAGUGAAAUAAAGUCAAUAAAAAAAUGAAAUCAUGAAGCUACUACUGUUUUCCUGGUACAUACCAUUGUGAUAUCUUCCAGUAAUAAGGAUCUGUUAUGUAUUUCUUAUGCAUCACUGCUUCUGGUUCA